AUGGAACAUGCUAAAUUUUGGCAAGAAUUUUUUCAACUUUAUAAAGAACUGCCUGCUUUGUGGCGUGUCAAGAGUACCGAAUAUUCUGAUCGUGCCUUAAAGUCCAAUUGCUAUUUACAACUUAUAAGAAAACUAAGAGAAGUUUACCCGGAUGCAGACAGGGAAAUGGUAGUGAGAAAAAUUAAUAACUUUCGUACCUCAUAUAGAAAAGAAUUGAGGAGAUUGAAAGACAGCCAAGAAGUUGGUAGAGUUUAUAAGCCCACAUUAUGGUAUUUUGAUUGUUUAUCAUUUUUGGACGAUCAAGAUGAAAGUGUGGCAGGCAGAUUGGUUUACGAAGAAGAUAGUAUAGAAGAGAAAAAACAUACAACCAACCAAACUAUUAUUUCGAGUCCAACAAAACACCAGCAGUUGCCUACAAAACGUUAUAUUGAACAUAAGCACAGUGAUGAGGAAGUGAAUUUACCUACUACAUCAAAACGAAGAAAGAAAAUUGUCCUCCGUAAAACCCAACAACCCAUUAAACUGACUUAUGAGGAACAAAAACAAGCUCAAAUUGAUGCCGAUAUUUUGGCCAAAUCAUGGGCAGUACAAUAUAAAGAAAUGCAAGGAAAUCAAAAAUUAAUUGCAAGAAAAAUAAUAUCUGAUAUUCUAUUUCAUGGCUGUAUGGGAACGCUGAAUAUGUCUCAUACUAUUGAUAUACAAGAUAUAUUACUGAGAAAUUCGAACACUGCUACACAAUCAAAUUUGCAGUCCCAGUCGCCCAGGGAUUCAAAUAGCUCAUUUCGUUAUGCUGAACAAGAAUACUUUAACUUUGAGACGGUUAGGGAAUCAUCUAUAGCAUAUAAUAGUUCCAGUCCAUCUAUGUCACCCACAAGGAAUGCUGCUUCAGAAAUACCAGUCCAUGAUAUUAAAUUUGAGGUGCCUUAAUGUGUUAGACAAAUUUAACGAUCGCUUUUUUAUGCGAUUUUGUAAAUGUUCAUUAUAUUUAGUUUCUAGUUAUUUACUUUAAAUUCUUCAAUAAUGUUAAAUAUUUGAGACUUUAAUUUUUAAAUAUUAGAUUUACAUAACUUCAAGUUAUUGAAAUCAUGAUGUUAGUUAUAAACUUAACUAUGAUCAGUAAUUUGAAAUAAAAAUUU